AUGACAGGUAAACAUACGAACACAGCUGUGUGUUUACAUAAUUGUUCACUUUCUAGCAUCAACAGUUUUCCUGGAUCUCAACCCGUUUGUUUUGAAUCCAAGCAUCUGAUUGACAUUGAACGUGAAGAUUAUUAUGUUUGCGAAAGGUCAGAUGGAGUACGUUAUUUAUUACUUUUUGUUCAAUCACCAAAAGGACCAGCUUCAUUUCUAUAUGAUCGUAAUCGAUAUUGGUACUAUGUGCCAAAUCUAUUAUUCCCUACUAGAGGAAGAGAGAAUGAAUAUCUAAAAGAUACACUAAUGGAUGGUGAACUGGUAUUGGAUGUUGACGAUAAAAAGAAAACCUGGAGAUACUUGAUAUUUGACUUGAUGGUUGUAAAUGGAUUAAGCAUAGUACAGCGCUCAUUCAAUACCAGACUUGGAAUGUUACAGCAAGAUGUUAUUCAACCACUCAACAUGGGCUUGAGAAAUUUGACAGAAACAGAUAGACCACCCUUUAGUGUCGAACUGAAAAAAAUGGAAAGAUCUUAUGGACUACAUUUAGUAUUUGACCAAAUACCUAAAUUAAAGCAUAAAACUGAUGGCAUCAUUUGGACACCUGUUAAAUAUCCAUAUACAUCAGGCACUUGUCAGAAACUACUGAAAUGGAAACCGCCUGAAUCAAAUACAGUAGACUUCAGAAUUGCUGCCAGGUGGAGCAAAGAACAUAAGCCGAUCUAUUCAAUCGAAGUAUUGUCACAUGGUGUAACCUACAAGUUUUAUGAUCAUUUUCAACCUGAGCCUGCUUUAGCCACCGACAAGGUUAUGCGCCAACAGUUAGAAAAGGAGGCUGGAGGUAAUGUGUUGGUUAUUGUGUUUUAUAUUUUUACUUAUCAGCAACCUAGGUUUGUGCGAUUUAGGGAUGACAAAGGCAUAGCCAACGAUGAGAAUGUGGUGAAAAAGAUUUUAAACAGCAUUAAAGAUGGUGUUACAAAAGAACAGCUACUGUCGUGCAUGGAUAGAGUACGUGCUGCUUGGAAAGCACGA